GAGGACCAGGUUGGGGACUGGGUCGUGUAUCAGAUCCCGCCCUACCACAGCCGUUUUAUAAUCAUUGUGGUGCGCCUUACCCGGGCGUUCCUGCGAGUGCAAAUCUAUGUUGCCCACGUUCCCAGUCUCCUUCGCCGCUGUCCGGAGUCAGUAUGUCAGUGAGACCGAGUUCAUCGAGGGGCCUAGGUUCCAAGAAUUCAGCCAGCAACAGUUUUAAGUAUGACAAGAGGAUAUCUAGGGACGACUCUUUCAUCAACUCUCGAACAGCGGUCGGGGCUGGCUUUAAAUCAUACAACAGCUUUGCACGAGGACAACCACCUACGCCAGAAAUAAGCCCGCGGACUUCACCUCCACGAAAAAUAUCUGUCCCAACUGUUAGGAUGCCUACCCCUGAGUCUCUUAACGAUACUGGUUCUUCGGAGAUAGGUAUGGCACUUGGAAGUCCCACGAGCAUCCCGGUGAGCGGUGGCUCGCGGACACCGCAAACAACUCUCCGGGCUCCGCCAGCCCCAAAAUCAUCUUUGGUUUCGCCCGCUGCGUCCGGGAUUAGUUCUACCGGCUCCUUGCCUCGGAAACAGUCGACGAAGUGGAAGUUAUUUGGCAGAUUCGGAAGGAAACCAUCAGAUCAGUCUCUUCCAGGACCGAUGCCGAACGAGCCGAGAGUUCUGCCCAAGCCAGAGCAGACUCAAGAUAUGUCAUCUCAGCCUUGGUACGACCAAAACAUGCAGAGGAGCAAUACGCUCGGUACACGGAAACCACCGAAACACAAGCCGAUUGUAAUUAGGUCUCAAACAAUGCCUUAUGAAGCAGACAGUCCGCCGCAAGUACCGAGGUCAACAUCAAGGCCAAGUGAAAAGAAGACCGAAGAGACGUUUGGGAGAAUCCCGAUAGCGCUAGACACUAACCAGAAUUCGUCGGGCCCCUUGUUGGAUGUUGAGAUUCCGAAUAUUACUAUGGAAAGGUAUAGUGUGAUGUUUGGGAGCGUCUUGCAAUCACAACCUUCGCUACUAGCUAGACGGCAAGCCACGGUUCAGAAGCUAAAGAGCAUCGAUGAUGCGGUAGAGAGGGAAGAGGAGAACGGAAAGCAUCGAGAAAAGCUUCACGGACUGCAUCAUGAAAUGCAUCACGAAGAUCACCACAAAGUCUUAAAGAGCCCGAGGAGAGUAACAUCACCUGCGACAGGAUCGCCUUCAUUUGCUUUGUUUCCUCCUCAGAGACCAGCACACGCUCCGCCAUCCAAUCCAUCACCACUUUCAAGAUCUAAUACUUCUCCUGCACUACUCCAGUCGCCUCUAAAGGCGACCUUCGAUCAUACCGCGCCUAAUCACCACACACAAUCUCAUGACGUACCUAGACACAACCAUCUUAGGGAUUCUCCCGGCAGGCCUUAUCCAAAGGGCAAACUUACUAUUGCAACUCUAGCUAGAGCAAGGGAGCAAAAUGCUGCUCCUAGAGAAUACCAGUUCAGCCCCGACUCAUCGAAUUUAGUACUAGAAUCUCCGACGGAGAUGUCAUCUCCUGAAUUCGACGUGGUCAAGUCAGAGUCUAUACGACCGAGAGCUUCAUACAUGCAGGAGCCCAAGUGGCAGAUGAUAACACCGCAACAACAGACGCCCUCUACCGCAACCUCGUCUCUUUCAAGUGAGAGGAAGCCCCCGCCUUCUUCGCCGGCGACAUCCGCUACCUCGAAGCUAAGCCAGGACUCGAAGGACGACGAAGACGACCUGCUAGAGAACAGCUCUAACAUGAACCCCGUGGAGCUAUCGAUCGCUAGGCAGAUCUCGAUAUCUCGGCAGCAGCGGAAAAUGUUGAAGCCCUUGCAGACCGUUACGAGGCCGCAGAGAAGCCUUUCGAGACCAAUUCCAGUACCGAAGAUAGCCAUAGGCGAGAAUGAGAGGCUCGCCGAAACGAACACCAAGACCCCUAUUCUAAUUACGCCUGAAGAGUCACCCAUCGCUAACUUAGCGGCACACCGAAAGAGCGAGCGUGUCGUGCUGGAGCGAGCAUGAGAUAGCGCGGCUCAUUUCUAAUUUACGCGUCUUCACAUCUACUCGUGUUUUAUUUUAUUUUUUUCAUUGCAUGUCUGGUCGCGGUUCACACUUGACUUCUGGGCGUUGGUAACGCCUCCCACUGGGAAUUUGCAUUUAUAGAAAAUGGUCCGGAGGUUUAUUCGAUUUGUCUUUAUUCCUGGAAAGGGGAGGGUGGCUCUUGUUUUACUUUGUCUGGGAAAUUAUACCCUUCGGAGGAGUAAUAGAAUCUAGGAAAGGGUCUGCGACUCGCAUCAUUCAUGCCAUACGUUUUUACUUUGUCAAUAGGAAGGGGGGUGGGGAUGAGAGCAACGCACGAUGUGCCUUGAUGGUAAUCGUUUGAUACCCUAAUCUGAGGUCAAGCGGAGAGAUGGAGAUGGAAACGGAGGAGACUGGCUAAACCGACUGUCCCAGGGUAGAUAGGAUAAGAGUAAUUA